AUGAAAGAAGAUAAAAUAAAUAGAGUUUUAAAUUGCAAUUAUAAAGAGUUUUUAGAAAUAUAUAAAGAUGAAAGUAGUCAAAAUGAUUAUCAUUUAAAAAGAGGCGAUAUAAAUAUAAAAUUUACAAAUUGGGCACAACAGACAACAACAUCAUCAUCAUCAUCAUUAUCAACUACAACACAAACUGUGAAUGAAGAAAGAACUAUUAUAUUUCAAGCACCAAUAAAUGCACCACAAUCUGUAUUAAAAAUUAUUGGAAAAAAUGCAACUACAAUCAAUGAAAAACAAAAGUUAUCAAUUAAUCAUAAACAAUCAAGUAUACAUAUUCAAACUUUCUAUCAACCAGAUAUUAUGGGUGAAUAUUUUAGUGUUGAAACUGAAUGGUUUCUUAACACAAUCGACAAUGAAAAAUGUUCAUUAGAACUUUCAAUUCGUGUAACUUUUAAUAUGACAUUUGUUGGUAACCUCUUUGAAGUUUUCAUUAUUAAAGCUGCUUCAGAAUCUGCUCUUCAAUAUGUUGAUAUUGUUGAAGAGUUUUUAAUGAAAUUAAAUAAAGAAAAACAAUUAAAACAACAACAACAAUUAUUACAACAGCAACAACAACAACAAAAAUUAAAAUUACAACAACAACAACAACAACAACAACAACAACAACAACAACAACAACUACAACAACUACAACAACUACAACAACAACAUAAAAAACAAAAUAAAAAAGGAUUAAAGCAACAAAAUAAAAAUAAAAAUAAAAAUAAUAAUAUUAAUAAUAAUAAUAAUAAUAAUAAUCAAAUAGUUCAAAAGUUACCACAAGAACCAUAUGAAAAUUGGACAGUAGAUUGUAAUGUUGAUCAAGUAAAGAAAGAUUUGAAUGUACAUUUAGAUAAUUUAAAAUUAAAUUCAUUGAAUGCGUCUCAAGGUUUAUUAAAAGUAGAAAUUUCAAUAUCAGAAAUGAAAUCUGAGCAACAAUUACAAAUACAACAAUUACAAUUACAACAGCAACAACACCAACUAUUACAACAGCAACAACAACAACAACAUCAACAACAAAAUGUAAAUAAUUCAUCCUUAAACUCAACAUCAACAAGUGGAGACUCAUCUACAUCAUUUUUAUCACCUUAUAACCUUGGUUUAACUUCAAAUAGAAUAAAUCAUCAACAACAACAACAACAACAACAACAACAACAACAACAACAACAACAACAACAACAACAACAACAACAACAACAACAACAGCAACAAUUACAUAUUUACCAACAGCAACAAUUACAUAUAUACCAACAACAACAACAACAACAACAACAACAACAACAAUAUAAUCAUCAACAAUUACAAAUUUAUCAAAAGCAACAACACCACCACCAACAAUAUCAUAUGCAUAAUCAACAACGGUUACAAAUUGAAGGUAAUAAUAAUAAUAAUAAUAAAAAUAAUAAUAAUAAUAAUAAUAAUAAUAAUAAUAAUAAUAAUAAUAAUAAUAAUAAUAAUAACAAUAAUAAUAUGGAUAUGAAUAUGAACAAUAUAAAUAUAUCAAACAUUUUAACAGAGAUAGAAUAUAAUAAUAGAGCAUUAAAAGAACAAAGAUUGGUUUCUGAAGAAAGGAUUGAGGAAGAGAUUGAAUCAAUCUCUCAAUAUUUCGAUGAUAUGGUGAAGUUACAAGAAGAAAGUAAACCUUGGUUCCCAUCUUUUAUUAAUAUUUCUUCUGUAAUUAUUGCUUUAGCUGUAAUUUUAUCAUUAUUUUCAAAAAGACCUAUAAUUCAAAAACAAUUAUUAAAUCAAAGAAAUAAAAUAUAA